UGCAAACCCCACACUCCCUCCACUCUUCUGAUAAAAAAGGAAAAAAAUAAAUAUAUUCCGGUUAUUAUCUGUGAAAUGAUAUGUGCAGCCCACACCAUUAACAUUCCAGUUAAGACCUUUCACCUUUCGGCGAAAAGGGGGAAAAGGUCCUCGAAAAAUACCAAAAACUGUAUGGACAGCCAGUGAUUUACACGCUUAUAGAUCUGUUGUAUCUGAAGUUUUAGAGAGGAGAGGUACUGGAAGGAUAUGGACGAGAACUUGGUGAAGAGGUUGGAAGCCGCCGUGGUGCGGCUGGAGGCGCUUUCAGCCGGAGGAUUUCAGCGGGGAGUUGAGCUGGAGGACAGCGGAGAUGCGGCUGCUGCGGAUCCGUCGAUUGUGGCAUUCGACGAUCUGAUUUCGCAGUGCGUUAGCCGAGUUACAAGCGCCGGGGAGAAGAUUGGGGGACAGGUUUUGGAUGUGUCUAGGUUUAUUGCAGAAGCAUUUAAUGUGCAGAGGGAGCUUCUUGUUAAGACCAAGCAAAGUCAGAAACCUGAUAUGGCUGGAUUGGUGGAAUUUCUUAAGCCGUUGAAUGAGGUGAUCACUAAAGCUUCUGCAUUGACAGAGGGAAAGCGAUCUGAUUAUUUCCACCACUUAAAGACUGGUGCUGAUAGUCUGGCUGCUUUGGCAUGGAUUGCAUAUACUGGAAAAGAUUGUGGUAUGAGCAUGCCUAUCGCACACGUCGAAGAAAGUUGGCAAAUGGCUGAGUUUUACUGUAACAAGAUUCUUGUUGAAUAUAGAAACAAAGACGCAAAUCAUGUUGAGUGGGCAAAGGCUUUAAAAGAGCUUUAUUUACCUGGAUUGAGGGAUUACGUGAAGAAGCACUAUCCACUCGGCCCUGUAUGGAGUGGCACAAAAAAGAUAGCCACGCUUGCCCCAGCGAAAGCCCCCACUCCAGGUGCUCCUGCUGCUCCACCACCUCCACCUGCUUCACUUUUCAGUUCCGAAACACCUUCAUCAUCGCAACCCAAAGAAGGGAUGUCUGCUGUCUUUGCAGAAAUUAAUUCUGGAAAACCAGUAACAUCUGGUUUACGGAAGGUCACAGAUGAUAUGAAAAGCAAAAACCGAGCAGACAGAAGUGGUGUUGUUAGUCUUCCCGAAAAGGAAGGUCGUGCUGCUCCACCUGCUAUUUCGAAGACAGGACGUCCAAAAUUAGAGCUUCAAAUGGGUCGUAAAUGGGUGGUUGAAAAUCAAACUGGACAAAAUAAUUUAGUAAUUGGCGAUUGUGAUGCAAAGCAGUCUGUGUAUGUCUUUGGGUGCAAAAAUUCAGUUCUGCAGAUCCAAGGGAAAGUAAACAACAUAACAGUUGACAAGUGCACUAAAAUGGGGGUGGUGUUCAAGGAUGUUGUGGCCGCUUGUGAGAUUGUCAAUUGCAGUUCGGUGGAGGUGCAAUGUCAGGGCUCAGCUCCAACAAUUUCAGUAGACAAUACUGCGGGUUGUCAAUUGUACUUGAGCAAAGACGCAUUAGAGGCUUCUAUUACAACAGCAAAGUCAAGUGAAAUCAAUGUAUUGGUGCCUGGAGCCGAGCCAGAUGGUGAUUGGGUUGAGCAUGCUUUGCCUCAACAAUAUGUCCAUGCCUACAAGGAUGGCCACUUCGAGACUACUCCAGUGUCCCACUCCGGUGGCUAAGUGGAUAGGGUUGAAAAAUCAUCAAACAGCGUCUCUUUCCUCUUUUGUUCAUCUUUUCCUUUUAAAAGCUUGGGGAUUUUUGAAAAUCUUUUUCAUUGAUCGAUUACUAUACCAAUUCAGGAUUUACUGUUCAGUUUCACAGAGCUGUUGUAUUGUGCUUGUGUUCUGCUAGUAGUCUGUUUUUGAAGGCACUAUUAGACCUAUCUUUUACCUCCCUCAAGUGAGGUUGUCUUUGUACGAGAACUCAAAUUCCUUUUUAUCUCCUUAAUGAAGUUCUCCAGAAUUCGCUUCUA